GAAUCGGUAGCGGACACGACAGAUUGAUAGGUCAGGUCGUGUAAAGGAGGCUUAAGAAAUAGAGUGAAGUUUAGUCUAUGGCUUAAGUUUUGUAAACUUACCCGGUUUUCUGUUCGUUUUCGCGUGCUGUGAUAAAAGUUUGUUUCUAGAAGUAAAAAUUAAAUAAAACUGUGCAAUUACUUAAUUUAGGAGUGCUAAAGUGUGUGAGCAGAUUGCUAAAUAACUCGCUAUUAGCAUCAAAUAGGACACACAUAAGAUUAAUAAGUAAAUGAAGAGUAUCAGUAGCUUGCAUUGCGUACAAAAUGGACCUUUUAGUUUCAACAUUAGAAUUGCGCUUAGAGAGGCUAACAGAAGCUUUAACGGGAGCCGCCGAGGCUCUUCAUAGUAUGGAGACCGGCGUAGAAAGGGACAGGAUAGUUGCCGUCAAAAUUAAUGUUAAUAAUAGAUUAUCGUCGUUCACAACAGACCUCAACAGAUAUUUGUCUGGUGAUAGCGCCAAUGUAAGAGAAGAUCUUUGGAAACAGUGUCGCGACGUGCAGAUUAAAGCGGAGGACGUGCUAACGGAAUUGGAAAUUGCCAUGAAACUCUACUGCCACGAAGGAGAUAACAAUAAUAGGACACGUCUACCUAAAUUAGAACUCGGCAAAUAUAAUGGUGAUGUCCUAAAGUGGAAUACAUUCUGGGACAAGUUUGCAGCCAAUGUCGACAAUAAGGAUAUUGCCAAUGUGGAGAAGCUCUCAUACCUGCUAGCAUCUUUGGAGGGACCAGCCCUUCAAGCAGUUGAGGGUUUGGAGACUACAAACUUAAAUUAUCCAAUUGCGGUCGAUAUCCUCAGUAGCCGUUUCGGUAAGCCUUCAAAGGUCAUUGACGCUCACAACGAGGCUUUGCAAAAACUUACGGUAGCAAAGGAUUUACCUGAAGAUUGUAGAUGCACUCUGAACGCCAUAGAGAAGCACCUGAGGGUAUUGGAGGCUCUAGGGGAGAAAGUUGAUGCUAGUCACCUUAGAGUUAUUAUACUUAAUAAAUUUCCAUCUAAAGUAGUAUAUCAAGUGCGACUGAUGGCGAUUGAUGAUUCAUUUUCUGCAAUCCGAAAAGCUUUAGAUGCUGUAAUAACAGCAAUGGAAAGUUCGAAGAGUUUGGUCGUUUUAAAUCCAGAGAGUUCUGUUAUUCCUGUGAAGUCCAGCAUGAUGGAGCUUCAACAUGAUGCUUCAACAGCGACGUUGCAAAUUGCUACGAGAAAACGAAGAUGGCAACAAAAGAGGGAAGCUGUCUCAAAUCAAAAUAGGAAACGCAUGAAGAAAACAUGUAUAUUUUGUAACGGGGAGCACUAUAGUGAAGAUUGCACCAAAUUCAACACCUAUAAGGAAAGGAUCGGGAAACUGCAAGACAGGUGCUACGUUUGCUUUCAAAUAGGGCACCGUGCCUCCAGAUGUACCAGGAGGAGGAAGUGUGUGCAUUGCUCAAAGAUGCACAAUAGAGCAUUGUGUCGACAAAAGGUGCAGCGGGACAGCUGUAACCCAAGUAAGGACAGCGGAGGGGAGAAGUCUACACAUUAGACUUUUACUUGAUUCGGGAAGCCAACGUACCUACAUCACAAACAAAAUAGCUAAAUUACUACAUAUCAAACCUGACGGAGAAGAUUGUCUAAUGAUUUAUACAUUUGGAUCAGAGAAGCCUAGAGAAAUGCUUUGCCCAUAUGCAACCAUUACUAUAGUAAGUAAACGUAAUGUUGAAAGAAUGAUUAGAGUGAAUAUAGUCCCAUACAUCACUACAAAGGUACCAAUGGCUAUGAUAGAGUCACCGAUGAUAGACAUCUUGGCUGACGAUACUUCUACUGGUGAAGGCAUUGAUUUAUUGAUUGGAAAUGACUUAUACUUUUCAUUCAUCAGAAAGAGUGUUGACUUGGGGAAUAACACCUUUCUAGUAGAUUCUGAUUUUGGCUGGUUUCUCGCAGGAAGUGCUACCAACAACACGGAAGGGGACAUUCUAUCUGUGGCUACGUAUUGCCAGUGCCAUGAUAUUAAUCAAGACCAUUUUACAGAACCAGAUCUUCCCCUGCGUACCAUAGACGUCAAAUUCUUAUGGUCACUUGAGAGCAUCGGGAUAUGUGAUUCUCCAAAAACUACAUGUGAGGAAGAAGCUGUUCAGCACUUCAACAAGACUGUCAAAUACAGUGAAGGAAGGUACCAGGUCAAGUGGCCAUGGAUAGAGUAUCCACCAAAAUUGCCUACCAAUUUCGGACUUGCCUUUGGUAGAUUAAAGGGUGUAUUGCGAAGAUCAAAUAAAGAAGAUAAAACAGAAUAUGAGAAAAUCUUAAAGGAACAGUUGGAAGCUAACAUAAUAGAAAUUGUGGAUCCUUCCACUCAAGUCGACCAUCCUGUUCACUAUCUACCUUUUCAUAUGGUUCAACAGAAAGGAAAAAGGGGCAGACUGGUCUAUGAUGCUUCAGCUAAGUUAAAAAACGAGAAAAGCUUGA